GCCACUGAUCCGUUUCUCAAUAUCUGCCUAGAAGACGGAUAUCUCGCGAUCGAUCGAUCGACAUGGGGCAAAAUACGGUAGCCGCCGGGGCAGGAACGACCGUAGUUGCGAUCAAAAUGGACAAGACGACGAUCAUCGUGUCCGUCGUGGUCGGAUCCCUGGGGUUGCUGAGCGCCAUCCUGGGGUUCGCCGCCGAGGGCUCUAAGCUCACUAGUUGCCUAUACUCGUCGACGAACCCAUCGGCGCUCGGGCUGGGCGUAUGCGCGGCCAUCUUCCUGGUGAUGGCGCAGGUCACCGUGACGGCCGUCGGCGGCUGCUGCGGCUGCUGCAAGUCCCGCGCCAUCCCGUCCGAGACCAAGCGGAUCGUCGGCGUCGUCUGCGCCGUCAUCUCAUGGAUUGCGGCGGUGAUCGCGUUCGUGAUGUUCCUGGACGCCGGGAUCGUGGCGUCGGAGUGCUUCAUCGUCAGGGAAGGCUUCUUCGCCGGCGCCGGGGUGCUGGCCCUGAUCGCCACGGCGCUCGGGCUAACCUCCUACAUCGUGCUCCGCCCGCAGCCCGACGCGGCGGCGGGGAGAGGCGAGCCCACGCCGAUCGGGAUCCCGAUGGACGCUGUUCCCGGGUACCCGCCGAGGCCUCCUCAUCCUCCUCCGCAGCAGGUCUAAGCAAUGCACCGUCCGUCGACGACAGUAUCAGCAAUCCGGUUUAAUUAGUAGCCUAACGCGGCUACGCUUGAAGUUUGUAUUUGUGUACCCGUUCUUGGUUCAAUAUUAGUAUUAUUUCUAUUGUGAGAUUUAUAUUCUUCCUUAGAAAUUGAUUAAAACCGGCCGGGCUCUACAACCAAAAGGAUGUAUACAGACAAAAUGACAAAUGUAUACGUGGGAUUUAUAUCUAUCCAAACAAGAUAUAUAUGUAACCUUAAUUUGAAGUCUAGCUACAAUUGGAACUUGAAGAUUUUUUUUCUUUUCA